AUGACUUCGCUCACCUCCGUUCCUCGAGUUCCCAUCCCCGCCAACGGGGUCGACUACCGCGGCAAGGUGGUUCUCGCUCCGAUGGUUCGGUCGGGAGAACUUCCUUCGCGCCUCGUCUCCCUCAAAUACGGCGCUGAUCUGGUCUGGGGCCCCGAGACCAUCGACAAAGCCCUCAUCGGAACCUCCCGCCGCGUCAACCCCCGCAACGGCACCAUUGAGUUCACCCGCACCCCCUCCAAUGGCGGCCGCACAGACAAACCCGCCCGCGAGUCCAUCAUAUACCGUCUCGACCCCGUGCGUGAGAAAGGCAAGCUCAUCUUUCAAAUCGGUACCGCGUCACCGGAGUUGGCCGUCCAGGCCGCCAAGAUCGUCGCCGGCGAUGUCGCCGGCAUCGACGUGAACUCUGGCUGUCCGAAGCCGUUCAGCACCAGUGGUGGCAUGGGCGCCGCCCUUUUGCGCACCCCGGACAAGCUCGUUGCGAUCCUAGAGGCCCUCGUCCGCGAGGUCGGAACCCCCUACCAGAUCGGCAUCUCGGUCAAGAUCCGCAUCCUCGAGACCCCCGAGCUCACAGAGAGUCUUGUCUCCCGGCUCGUCAAGACCGGCAUCACGGGUCUGACGGUCCACUGUCGGACUACGCCCAUGCGGCCCCGGGAGCGCGCCAUCCGCGACCAGCUGCGCAUGGUCGCCAACGUGUGCCACAACGCCGGCGUGGCCUGCGUCAUGAAUGGAGACGUCACCUCGCGCGACGACGCGCUCGCCCUGAUGCAGGAGUACGGUGUGGACGGUGCUAUGAUUGCGACAUCCGCAGAGUCCAACUUCUCGUGCUUCCGUAGCAAAGCAGAUGGCGGCCUGCUUCCGUGGCGGGACGUCGUCCACGACUACCUGCGCGCCUGUAUCGAGUCGGAGAACCGCUUCGGCAACACCAAGUUCCUGAUGAACAUCCUCGUGCCCGGAAAGGGCCAUGAGUUUGUCGACGUGAAGAAGAUGAAGACGUACGGCGACUACUGCCGCAUCUUGAAAUUCGACGACCUCCUGCCUGCUGCCCUGCAAGUGGACGAGAUCAUGGAACUCUCCGGUAGAUCCGUCUUCAAAGAUUCUCCUGUCAGCAAAGCUGUGCAGAACGCCAUGCAGAACAAUGAGUCUGCCCGUGCGGCCGGCGGCGCAUCCAGACCCAAAGCCGUCUCCCCUACCCCCAGUGGCGGAGGGCCCAUUCGUACCAACUCCAUCCCAGCCCCGGCCUCGAAAUCGAAAACCCCGGAAGAGAAUGGGGCCGAUGUGGAUAUGUCUGUUGCUUCGAUGGUUCAGAAACAGGAGGUCACGGCUUAG